AUGCGAGGAGAUAAACUUGGUGCUGAAUUGGGAAAAAUGUCACUUCUUGUGAGUAAAGGAAUUUUCUUGGGUCACAAAGUAUCUAAGGCUGACUUGGAAGUAGAUGAAGCCAAAAUUGAUGUCAUAGCAAAACUUCCACCACCAGCAAAUGUUAAAACUUUACGAAGUUUUCUAGGGCAUGUUGGCUUCUAUAGACAGUUCGUUAGAGGAUUCUCUCAGAUUGCGCGACCUCUGAGUGCACUACUAGAGGUGAACCGACCCUAUGACUUUAACGAAGAUUGCACUGACGCGUUUGAAACUUUGAAGUACGCGUUGACGACAGCUCCAGUACUGAUAGCACCGGACUGGACGCAACACUUUAUUCUUAUGUGCAACGCAAGUGAUGUGGUAGUAGGAACUAUGUUAGGGCAAAAGAAGGGUAACUUGAUACAUCCCAUCUCCUACGUGUCCAAAACACUAAAUGACUCUCAGGAACAUUAUACCAUUACUGAAAAAGAGAUGUUGGCUGUGGUAUUUGGUAUUGAAAAAUUUCGAUCUUACUUAGUUGGUGUGUCAGCCUCCAUAUACACCGACCACUCGGCUAUUAAAUUCCUGAUGAGCAAAAAGGAUGCAAAGCCAAUAUUGAUAAGAUGGGUGCUACUACUACAGGAGUUUUACAUUGAUAUGCAGGACAGAAAGAGAAUAGAAAAUCAGGUGGUUGACCACCUGUCCAGGCUAGAGAAUCAAGAAAUGCAAGCCCAAGAAAGUGAAAUCAAUGACGCAUUUCCUGAUGAAAUCUUGUUUAGAGUUGAAGGCAGGGAACCUUGGCACAAGAUUGCCACUGCCUACCAUCCUCAAACAAACGGUCAAGCGGAAGUAUCAAAUCUAGGAAUCAAGUCCAUCUUGGAAAAGGUCGUCAAUGCAACACGGAAAGAUUGGGCACAGAGGCUGGAUGAGAUGUGUAUAAGAGACAGGGAUGAGGCGCUCUGGGCCUACAGGACUGCUUACAAAACUCCUAUAGGUAUGUCUCUAUACUCUCUCGUAUUUGGAAAAGCCUGUCAUUUACCUGUAGAGUUGGAGCACAAGGCGUUUUGGGCAGUGAAGAAGUUGAACAUGAACUUAGAUGCCACGGGCGUUCAAUGCAAACUUCAGCUCAACGAGCUCAAAGAGUGGCGAUUGAACGCGUAUGAAAACAUCAAGCUGUACGAGGAAAAGACAAAGCAUUGGCAUGAUCAAUGCAUCAGUAAGAAAGAACUUGUUGUUGGUCAAAAGGUUUUAUUUUUCAACUCACGUCUGCGUUUGUUUCCAGGAAAGCUGAAAUCCAGGUGGUCAGGGCCUUUUAUCAUUAAAGAAAUCUUCCCAUAUGGAACUAUGGAAAUAACUCGAGAAGAUGGCACCAUUGCGUUCAAGGUAAACGCCCAAAGAGUUAAGCCUUACUUUGAAGAUGGGAUGGAUCGCCAGAAGUCAUCUCUCGCAUUACACAAGCCAGUUGAGGCCCGCGUCGACGUAUCCCUGCGUUUGCAACGCCAUAUAUUCCAGGGACACUUCUCUCACCCUUAUCUUUUUGCAUUUUGUAUUCUAUGA